GUUGCUAGUUUGACGCACGCAAAUAUAAUGUUAAUUUUGGAUAUACAGUUUAUGCAGUUUAUUAUUUUAUUUUUAAGUAAAUACGAAAGUCGAAAGUUUUACUUCAGCUCCUGAGCCUAUAUUGUUUUUCCUUAACGUGUUUAACUACAUAAGAAAAAUGACACACAAUUCAACAACCGUUUUAAGUUCUACACCUGUCAAACGAAGAGGUGGUCAGCAUACCAUUUGGACACGAGAAAAAAUUUACAAACUAAUUGAGCUCUAUCGUGCAUCUGAUUGUUUGUGGAACCAUUAUUCGGAGUUAUACAAAAACAAAAGUUGUCGAAAUAAAGCUAUAAAUCGCAUAUGUACAGCUCUCGAAAUUUCAAAAAUUGACUAUGGGAAAAAGGUUCACAACCUACGAAAUCAGUUUAAUUCGGAAUUGAAAAAGUAUGAAGCACGCUUAGAAAAAACGGGAGGAAAAAAAGUUGUAUCACCAAAAACACGCCGCUGGGAGCACUUUGAAACGUUGAUGUUUUUGCGACCUUUUAUUGAACCUCGGCCUGGCUAUCAUCAACCACAAAUCAAGCAGAAAGUGGUAAAAAGACAUAGUAUUUCAACCUUCAACGAUAACACAGAACCUCAACUUUCCACUAUAGAAAACCAGCUUGAGGAUAUUAUACAGCUACAAAUAUUAAGUUGCAAGGACACAACUGACGCCAAUACAAAAGUACAAGGAUCUUGUGAAGUACAACGGAGUUCUUCAAUAAAAACGUACUGUGGUUCUCCAAGUUUCAUUCAGAGUGGAGGACAAAGUUGUGUGGCGCUAUCGGAAUCCAGACAUUCAAGUAUUCGGGAUCAGUGGGAUGCAUUUGGUGAAUUAAUAGCAACUGAGUUGCGCAAUUUGAACUCUUCAAUUUCUCGAAAAAAACUCAAACGCAAAAUUAUGCAAGUUAUGUUAGAAGUAGGUGAAGAAGAUGACAAAGAGUAAACAAGCGUCAAUUGAAUUCGCCUAUAUCUAUUGAUUUCAAAAUAAAAAAGGACAUGCAAUGACUUUGCGUUAACAAAGAAAUAAGUUCACAGUAAAAAACACUACACCAAUACAACAAAUUCUUGAACGAUAAAAAAAAAAAACGGUGAGCAAAAAUUCUCUGUCAAGGAACUUUAACGGUGGAUCUCUUGCGAUGCUUUGUUUGGAUACCAUGACGUACGUUUCGUGAUGCAUAGCAUGAAUGCAGAAUAUUAUUUUGAGCUCCCAAUUUCAGAAUCGAUCCAUUUUGGAGAAGAAUAUUUUGCACACAGUUGUUUCAGCACGAUAACGCUCUCAUGCACACGGUAUUGCGCACACAAGCUUUUUUUAGUUUAUGCAAAUGGGAAGCAAUACAAGAAGUUUGAAGGACCUAAAAGCCUCUAUUGUUAAAGGAUGGGCUUUACUAAACGUUCGAAUACAUAAAUUAUUAUCUUAAUUCUAGCACGGAAUUGCAGUUAUUAAUAAAGGGUGCUCAAGUAAACAAAUUUAGGCAAAUAAAAACGUAGCUGAUUUUACGUUAACCAGCGAGUUUUGAUUACAUUUGUUUUGUUUGUUUCUUAUACCCUGAACCUGUUUAAAAUGGUUAAAGAUGGUAUCUGUAAUUAUAACUGUAAUCGGGAUUGUAUUGUAUGCUGUGCAUAAUUUAACAAAAGUAAACACUAAACCACAACUCUGUGAUUCCGUGGCCGCGAUCGUCUCGGAAUCGUAAUAUUGGACUUGCCGACUGCUAUUAAUCAAUUUACCUAUAUGAACAAACUAAUUAAAUACUUGCAAUGAGUCAGGCGAUAACUGGGGUUAUUUGGCCGCCAGCUUACGGCAGAAAUUGCCAAGUCGGAAAUUUGACUUGAUUGUUGUCUUAUAAGGUGAUGCUAAAAUUUAGAAAUUUUGUUAAUUCCCGAUAUGCAGUGUUAUUCUCUUUUUGGAAAAAAUCGUACAUGUGGUGUGCUUGGUUAAUGGAUGGGAAUUUUGUCGAUUGCCUCUGUGUUUGCUGCAGCUGAAAAUGAUGUGCGAGGCGUUAUCGAUGGUGUUGUUGGGUUAAAUGCGCAUUUUGGCGAAUGUGUGUAUGUCAAAGGCGCAGCCAUAAGCCAAAAUAGAGGCAUAAUUAUGCAAAUUCCAUUAUUAUUAAGCGGGCGGUUUUGGUCAGCGCAACAGAAGAAUUUGGGCGAUCCACUAAAAGGAUAAGAAAUUGUGGUAUAAAUCUUAAUUUUUUUGUGUCGCUGCGAAUAAUUAUUUGUAUUUGUAUUUGUUUUGCUUCAAUAUUCGAAGCGAAGCUAUAAAAUUAUUAAAUAUUAACGCCACGCUAAAAAUCUAUAAUCUCCAGAUUUGAUCCGUUGCACUUUGUUACAAAUGAAUUAAUUUUAUUUUGCCAGAUGUUUAUGCAGACGAUGCGGACUGCAUCACUUUGGUCUACAAGAUGGUUUGCACGUUAUGCAACUUUGACGUUGCAUCUAAAUCGAUCAAAGUGUAUUUUUAUGACAUUCAAUCAUACUACACCUUUUUUUUGUCAGUUAUAGAAUCCACAAAACUUCAUUGCAGCGACUACCAACAAUUAAUGAUCUAGGUGCUGUUCUUCCUUCGCCGAUAGGGCCAAAGGUAUACUUGGAUUCAUUAAAAGUUAGUCUAAAGAGUUGAACGAUCCUCUUAUAACCAAACUGCUAUACAUCUCUUCUGUUCGCCCGAUCCUUGAACACUGCUCUUGCAUCUGGUCUCCGAAGUAUAACGAUAGACAAUUGUAUUGAUUCAGUUCAGAAGCAAUUUCAAAUUUUUCCCAUGUUUUCUCCACAAAACUAUCUCUACUUCUAAUAAAAUCGUGGCUUUCAUGAUACUUUCGGGAACUCACUGACCAUUCCCAGCUAUGAGUAGGGGUACAGCUUGCUGGACAGGCUAUAAACUUCUCCCAUCGGGUCGGUGAUUUACUAUCACUAUCUAUUUUUCUUAUCUACUUAACACUAUAGUUUAAA